AACGCAUCUAAUUAAGGUUGGAAAGAACAACAAUGUCUGUGCAUGUGUUGUCUUGAGAAAAUGAAAAUAUCUGUUGUGCUAAAAAACAAAGUGAAGACAACAUGUGGUUGUGAGAAGAUAAGUAAUAUGCGAACACAUAUUCAGCAGCGUUGGUUAUAUAUACGUAACUAAAUCGCUGCUAUCCCCUCACAAAACCUCUUCAUUGCAGAGUUAAGAGGAACAAAACAAUGGCAACAAUAGCAGGUGGCGUCACUCUUUCCAGCCCAAGGACAGUAUUUGCUAAUGCCAAGGGAUCAGACUCUGCGCCAAAGGCCCAGGCAAUUAGGUUCCCACUCUUCAGGCCCACACAUAAGUGGCCCGCUUUGGUUGGGGUGGGGAAGGCCCGGCCCAUUCAUGCAACGCCGGAAAAGAUAGCGGAUAAGGUGGAGGAGAGCAUAAAGAGCGCGGAGGAGACCUGCUCGGGAGGCGGGACUGACGCGGAAUGCGCAGCGGCUUGGGAUGAGGUGGAGGAGCUGAGCGCUGAGGCGAGCCACGCCAGAGCGAAGCAGAAGGAGUCUGACCCGCUGGAGAGCUUCUGCAAGGACAACCCUGAAACCGAUGAGUGCCGCACUUAUGAUAAUUAAGUUAUCUUGUUUGAAUGAAUCCACUUGUAUUAAUUAAUUCUUAUUUAUAAAUUAUACCAAUAAUUCAAACUCUGCCACUCUUCCCAGUGGUUGUAUCCAUAUUUCUGUUGUGCUGAUGCUUAGGUGUGCAACUUUUAUAUACUUGCAAAUUUCAACGCUUCAAUGUAAAUGAUGCAAAUGCAAAUGCCCACUUGUACACCAAAACGUUUUUAAUAGACUUACCACAUGAAUAGCUGGAA